CAUCUCAUGACUAGUUUCAGCGCCGUGACAAAUGGAGAACGGCGCAUUCCCAUUUGAUUUGUCCUUGGCAAAGCAGCCUGUACUGGAGAUCAGUGACAGCGAAGAAUCCCGGUCCAAAAAGCGGCCCUUGACGCUCACGUGCACGCCGAGCAAGAAGCGUCUUUUUCUCGGAGGGAUUCCAGGCUUUGCUGAGACUCCGCAAGAUGUUCAAGCACUUCUUGGCCCGGGCUUUGCAAAUGCUCGUUUCGCAGCUCUGAACGAAUCGGCCACCAGUUGGCUGCUUUUGCUUCGACGUUGGGCUCCAUCCUCCGAAGACUUUGACACACUGUGGGCAAAGCACCCCAGCUCCUUGGGCAAGGGGAAGCUCUUCGGAAAGGAAGUUACUUUUCACCGGUAUCAGCAAUCCUUUGGUACAGACUACGCCUUUUCAGGUCAAGUGGCUGAAGCACAUCCGCUCAAUGCAGAGGAGUCGCCCGAGGUGUGGCACGUUUUGGCCAAGCUCCGGGCAGCCCUCAUGCAAUCCUCACUGAAAGAUUGCAUCUAUGGUGCCUGCCACUGAACUGCGACUUGAGCCUUUCGUUGCGUAACAAGGUCUGGUGAAUUGGUAUGAUGGAGGUCAGCAUUCCAUUGGGGCUCACUCUGAUGAUGAACGCGGCUUGGUGCCCAAUGCACCCAUCUUUGCAGUCUCAUGGGGAAGUCACAGGAUCUUCCGAGUGACUCCCAGAAAGCCAGAUGCAGGCAAGAAGGUGGAGGUCGAAGUGAAAGAUGGCGACCUCAUUGUGAUGGGUGGAAGCUGCCAACGCACCCACAAACAUGCCAUUCCACCUUGCAAAGCCAGCGGAAGAAGGAUUAGCCUCACCUUUCGAUGCUUCCAGAGCCAGCAGACAGAGAACACAUCGAGCCA